CCCCCCGGGCCCCCGGGCCCUCGAGCCCGGUGCGCGCCCUCGCGUCCCGCCGGCCCCCUCCCCCGGCUGGGCCCGGGGGAGGGUGGCGCCGUGAGCGAGCGGGGACCGGGCUCUCCUGCCCCUUCCCUUGCCCCUGGGCCGCCAGGAUGGAGGCGGGGUCGGGGCCCCCGGGCGGUCCGGGAUCCGAGAGCCCCAACCGGGCGGUGGAGUACCUGCUGGAGCUGAACAACAUCAUUGAGAGCCAGCAGCAGCUGCUGGAGACCCAGCGGCGGCGCAUUGAAGAACUGGAGGGCCAGCUGGACCAGCUCACCCAGGAGAACCGCGACCUGAGGGAGGAGAGCCAGCUGCACCGCGGGGAGCUGCACCGGGACCCCCACGGCGCGCGGGAUAGCCCCGGCCGCGAAAGCCAGUACCAGAACCUGCGCGAGACCCAGUUCCACCACCGCGAGCUGCGGGAGAGCCAGUUCCACCAGGCGGCCCGGGACGUGGGCUACCCGAACCGGGACGGCGCCUACCAGAACCGGGAGGCAGUGUAUCGGGACAAGGAGCGGGACGCCCCCUACCCGCUCCAGGACACUACCGGCUACCCAGCCCGCGAGCGCGACGUGGCCCAGUGCCACCUGCACCACGAGAACCCAGCCCUGGGUCGCGAGCGUGGCGGGCGGGAGACCGUGCCAGCGCACCCGGGCCGCGAGAAGGAAGCCGGCUAUUCAGCUGCGGUGGGCGUGGGGCCCCGGCCACCGCGGGAGCGGGGCCAGCUGAGCCGAGGCGCAUCCAGGAGCUCCAGCCCCGGGGCCGGUGGCGGCCACAGCACCAGUACCAGCACCAGCCCGGCCACAACCCUCCAGAGAAAAUCUGAUGGUGAGAAUUCCAGGACAGUCAGGUCCACAGCGUCUCAUACUCUACACCAGUAUUGCUGUCCUACUCAGGUCCUUGACUCCAUGAAGCUUACCCCCUCAGGCAGGCUGGCAGAGAGCAGUGUGGAGGGUGAUGCCCCAGGCAGUGACCUGAGCACAGCGGUUGAUAGUCCUGGGAGCCAACCCCCCUACCGGCUGAGCCAGAUGCCCCCCACCAGCAGCCACAUGGGGGGCCCGCCAACUGGGGUGGGCCUUCCCUGGGCUCAACGAGCUCGCCUCCAGCCAGCCAGUGUCGCCCUGAGGAAGCAGGAGGAGGAGGAGAUAAAGCGCUCCAAGGCCCUAUCGGACAGCUACGAACUCUCCACGGACCUGCAGGACAAGAAGGUGGAAAUGCUGGAGAGGAAGUAUGGGGGCUCCUUCCUGAGCCGCAGGGCCGCCAGGACCAUCCAGACAGCCUUUCGCCAGUACCGCAUGAACAAGAACUUUGAGCGGCUCCGCAGCUCGGCUUCAGAAAGCCGCAUGUCCCGCCGCAUCAUCCUUUCCAAUAUGCGGAUGCAGUUCUCCUUUGAGGAGUAUGAGAAGGCACAGAACCCCGCGUACUUCGAGGGCAAGCCUGCCUCGCUGGACGAGGGUGCCAUGGCUGGUGCCCGGAGCCACCGGCUUGACCGAGGGCUCCCAUAUGGGGGCUCCUGUGGAGGGGGCAUCGAUGGUGGGGGAAGCUCUGUCACCACAUCUGGAGAGUUUUCCAAUGACAUCACAGAGCUCGAGGACUCCUUCUCCAAACAGGUAAAGUCUCUGGCUGAGUCCAUUGAUGAGGCCCUGAACUGCCACCCAUCAGGGCCCAUGUCUGAGGAGCCAGGGUCAGCCCAACUGGAGAAGCGAGAGUCAAAGGAACAGCAAGAGGACAGCUCAGCCACGUCCUUCAGUGACCUUCCCCUCUACUUGGAUGACCCAGUCCCCCCACCAUCCCCUGAGCGACUGCCCAGCACAGAGCCCCCACCCCAGGGCCGGCCUGAGUUCUGGGCGCCAGCCCCUCUCCCACCAGUUCCUCCACCAGUGCCACCUGGGACCCGGGAAGACGGUGCCCGUGAGGAAGGCACUCGCAGGGGUCCUGGGUGCUUGGAGUGCCGGGAUUUCCGGCUGCGGGCCGCCCACCUUCCCCUGCUUACCAUUGAGCCUCCUAGUGACAGCUCCGUGGACCUGAGUGACCGCUCAGAUCGCGGGUCUGUCCACCGCCAGCUGGUGUAUGAGGCUGAUGGCUGCAGCCCCCAUGGGACCCUGAAGCACAAGGGGCCACCAGGCAGGGCCCCAAUCCCACACCGCCACUACCCAGCCCCAGAGGGCCCAGCCCCAGCCCCGCCAGGGCCCCUGCCACCAGCCCCCAACAGUGGCACUGGGCCCAGUGGUGUGGCUGGGGGUCGGAGGUUGGGGAAGUGCGAGGCAGCAGGCGAGAACUCUGAUGGUGGAGAUAAUGAGAGCCUGGAGAGCUCCAGCAAUUCCAAUGAGACCAUCAACUGCAGCUCUGGCUCCUCUUCGAGGGACAGCCUGAGAGAGCCUCCAGCCACAGGCCUGUGCAAGCAGACUUACCAGCGGGAGACGAGGCACAGCUGGGACUCACCAGCCUUUAACAACGACGUGGUGCAGAGGCGGCACUACCGAAUCGGCCUCAACCUCUUCAACAAGAAGCCAGAGAAGGGUAUCCAGUAUCUGAUCGAGCGGGGCUUCCUGUCAGACACACCGGUGGGAGUGGCUCACUUUAUCCUGGAACGGAAAGGCCUGAGCCGGCAGAUGAUAGGGGAAUUCCUAGGGAACCGGCAGAAGCAGUUCAACAGAGAUGUGUUGGACUGUGUGGUGGAUGAGAUGGACUUCUCCUCCAUGGAUUUGGAUGAUGCACUCCGGAAGUUCCAAUCCCAUAUCCGGGUCCAAGGCGAGGCCCAGAAAGUGGAGCGACUUAUCGAAGCCUUCAGCCAGCGGUAUUGUGUCUGUAACCCAGCCCUUGUGCGCCAGUUCCGGAACCCAGACACCAUCUUCAUCCUUGCUUUUGCUAUCAUCCUCCUCAAUACCGACAUGUACAGUCCCAGCGUCAAGGCUGAACGCAAGAUGAAACUAGAUGACUUCAUCAAGAACCUGAGAGGGGUUGACAACGGUGAAGACAUCCCCCGAGACCUCUUGGUGGGCAUCUACCAGCGAAUCCAGGGGCGUGAACUGCGGACCAAUGAUGACCAUGUGUCCCAGGUGCAGGCUGUGGAGCGCAUGAUUGUUGGCAAGAAACCGGUCUUGUCUCUUCCUCACCGUCGACUGGUUUGCUGCUGUCAACUCUACGAGGUGCCAGAUCCAAACCGCCCCCAGAGGCUAGGGUUGCAUCAGCGGGAAGUCUUCCUCUUCAACGAUCUCCUCGUGGUCACCAAAAUUUUCCAGAAGAAGAAGAUCUUGGUGACGUACAGCUUCCGUCAGUCCUUUCCUCUGGUGGAAAUGCACAUGCAGCUCUUCCAGAAUUCAUACUACCAGUUUGGGAUCAAGUUGCUGUCUGCAGUACCUGGCGGGGAGCGCAAAGUCCUCAUCAUCUUCAAUGCCCCCAGCCUCCAGGACCGGCUGCGCUUCACAUCCGACUUGCGCGAGUCCAUUGCCGAGGUGCAGGAGAUGGAGAAAUACCGCGUGGAGUCGGAGCUAGAGAAGCAGAAAGGUAUGAUGCGGCCUAAUGCCUCACAGCCCGGAGGGGCCAAGGACUCAGUGAAUGGCACGCUGGCCCGCAGCAGCCUGGAGGACACGUAUGGGGCAGGCGAUGGGCUCAAACGGGGCGCACUCAGCAGUUCUCUGCGAGACCUCUCUGAUGCAGGGAAGCGGGGGCGGCGUAACAGCGUGGGAUCGCUGGACAGCACCAUCGAAGGGUCUGUUAUUAGCAGUCCACGCCCUCACCAGAGGAUGCCACCUCCGCCCCCACCCCCGCCGCCAGAGGAGUACAAGAGCCAGAGACCGGUCUCCAACUCCUCAUCUUUCCUGGGCUCCCUGUUUGGAAGCAAGCGGGGCAAGGGGCCCUUCCAGAUGCCACCACCGCCAACAGGCCAGGCUUCUGCCUCCUCUUCAUCUGCUUCUUCCACCCACCACCACCACCACCACCACCACCAUGGUCACAGCCACGGUGGCCUGGGGGUGCUGCCUGAUGGGCAGUCCAAGCUCCAGGCCCUGCAUGCCCAGUAUUGCCAAGGACCAGGCCCUGCCCCGCCACCCUACCUCCCACCCCAGCAACCCCCUCUCCCCCCACCUCCUCAGCAGCCCCCGCCCCUGCCCCAGCUGGGCUCCAUUCCACCACCUCCCGCCUCAGCCCCACCUGUGGGGCCACACCGCCACUUCCAUGCCCAUGGCCCAGUCCCAGGCCCCCAGCACUAUACUUUGGGCCGGCCAGGCAGGGCUCCCAGACGGGGGGCUGGAGGACACCCUCAGUUUGCUCCACAUGGCCGCCACCCCCUGCACCAGCCCACAUCCCCAUUGCCCCUGUACAGUCCUGCCCCCCAGCACCCUCCAGCCCACAAACAGGGCCCCAAGCACUUCAUCUUCAGCCACCACCCACAGAUGAUGCCAGCAGCAGGGGCCACAGGGGGCCCUGGAUCCCGGCCACCAGGAGGCUCCUAUUCCCACCCUCACCACCCCCAGUCACCCUUGUCACCGCACUCACCCAUUCCACCCCACCCUUCCUACCCACCCCUGCCCCCCCCCUCACCCCAUACCCCACACUCACCCCUGCCACCCACCUCCCCCCAUGGCCCGCUGCACGCCUCUGGGCCCCCUGGCACGGCCAACCCACCCAGUGCAAACCCCAAGGCCAAGCCAAGCCGGAUCAGCACCGUGGUCUGAUGAACAGAGGGAGUGAGCUGGGGCCCAGGGAGGUCUGGGGAAUCCGCAAGAGGUUCCCAGUUUUUCCAAAAUAUAUAUACACAUAAAGAUG